UCUGGGAGUUGAAGUCCGCACAUCUUCCAGUGGCCAAGGUUGAGAAACACUGCUCUAAAUCAUCUUUUCCCCUUCAAAUCUGGAUUGGUGACAGCCCUACUUUCCUCCUAUUACAUAUAUAGCAUGCAUAGAACUCAAAGGCACUUUUCAGCAUCCAGUAGGAACAGUUGUCCAUGUAACUACCACUUCCACAAGUGCAACCAUCACAUAUAAUCUAGAGCAGGGGGUCUUAAAAUUUUGGCCAUCAUACUUCCCUCACACAAUGAAACUUUGGGAAAGGUGGAUUUAUUGUAACAAUGUCACUAAAAGAUUAUUUACACCUGCCCUGGACUCUGUCUGCAUUUCCCCAAGGGAAGAACACCUCAUAGUUUGGGAAACCCUGGUCUAGAGUGUCCUGGCUUCCUUCAUUUUUUAUUUCAGAUCUGCUGCAGUCCAGAAUGAACCUAUUAAGUUCCCUGCUCCUGCUCCUGUUAUUCUUCAGAGUUCAGUUUGGAAAACCUGCAGACAGCUAUUUCCCUCUAAAAGGCUUCUGGACUCAAGCUAAACCUUCCAGAGGCUGGGUCCACUGGGCUGAUGACAUCCCAUGUUCUGAAAGGAGCUUCAGCUCUGGCAAAGAAGUUCUGAAAUCCUCCAUAACAGUUCCGUGCAAGCGGCAAGAGCACCAGCUGCAGUUAUGGCCAGGGAUGCCUCCAACAAGAAGCAGGGGGGUCCCAUUGCUGCAAGCAGCAUUGCUGUUACAAGGGGACCAUGAUCUCUCCACGUACAACUGGAAUUCCUUUGGGCUAAGAUAUGGCAAGAGGCAAGCAGUGAAGGCCCAGGAGAAAUUACAAAAUAAUUGAAGAAUAGUGGGGAGGGGGGCACGCAGGGGAGGGGAUAGUUUGAGAUGUUUUCCUUCUUCAUUGUUCCAAGGAAAUGGAAGGCUAUGACUAUGGCACCGUUUAAGUCUGUGGUAAUACUUUUUGAAAGUACCUAUCCCAUAUACACUCACGUAUAAGCUCAUCCACGGAUAAGCCGGCCCUUGAUUUUUUAACCAAAAUACCAUGAAAAAUGUGCUACCCAUGGAUAAGCCAAUUGUAAAAAUUAAAACAGAAAAAUUUUGAAGUUUUUUUUUUUUUUUACCAUAUUUUGGUGAAAAAAUUGAGGGUUUUCUGCAGAAGGGCUUACAUGCGAGUAUAUAUGGUAUACUUUUUUUGAAAACUAGUCAUUGUUUCCCCCUUUCUUCAAUGCCAGACAUUACAAUGAAAAUUAUAACUAAUAAACUACAUUAAGAUUAAUG